AUGAAAGGCGGCGUUCUUGAAGUCCUUCUAGUCAACGCCGACGGCCUGGGACAUUCCCACCUGAUGGGUCUCUCUCUCUCUCUCUAUCUAUCUAUCUUUCUCUCUCUCUGACUCUCUCUCUCUCUCUCUCUCUCUCUAUGUAUGCUUCCGCAGGAUGCCCGGGGCUGUACGUCAUACUGAAAUGCGGCAACCAGACUCACAGAGGCAAGGUCUCUUCAGGUCCGACCCCUACAUUAAAAUCUCGGCGGGUCGGUAUUAUUGGGCUCAAUCUAGGGAAUGGGCUGAGUCAAUGGGCUCACUAGAGCCCAUAUAGCUCGGACAAACAGUUUUAUUUAUUUAUUUUUGAAAAAGAUAAAUGGAGUUAUUACGUCCUAUCCAGGAAAAGACAAGAGAGUCUGGUGGAACGAGAAGUUCUCCUUCGCGUUCGCGACGCGGAAGUGGAACAGCCUGACCCGACUGAGAAUGACGAUCAUGAAGAGCCAUGCCUUACAGGAGGACUCUCCCAUCGGCGAAGCCACGUACAGAUCCCCAAAAUCGGAACCCUAACUCUGCAUCACACCUCUCUCUCUCUCUCUCUCUCUCGGCAGAUCCGUUGAUGGAUGGAGAUUUUCUGAUUGUAGGGUUCACCUGGUAGGAGUCCUCGAAGAAGGAAGCCGGAGAGGAUGCGUAGAUCUGCAGCCCGCCCCGUACAACCUGGUCUUGCCGGACGGCACCUACGAAGGGCAAAUCCGGAUCGGCCUCAAGUUCAUCGCCGAAGUGCGCGAUCCUCCCAGCGAUUCUUGGCGUUUGACGAAGACAGAUGAUAAACCGUAUGAACUCCCUACCUGUUCUCGCAGGCGGAGGUGCAGCCGACGACGCCGAUGACGACGGAGAGAAGAGAAGAAGCGGCAGCGGCCAGCGAAGGGAAACCCCAGUUGAUCUACAGAGCUCUGUUCAGAUUUGCCUUUUGGCGGCUCUCGUGGCCGAGGAUGCAGCAGCUCUUCCGGGGAUGUGGGGAUUCAAAAGAAGAUGAUGCGAUAAGAGGCCAUUAA